AUGUUGGAUGUGCCAGCGCGUUCUCAGCUCGUUACGUCCACGAGUUGUCAUGGAACAUCUGUUGAAACCGCUCUUUGCACUAGAGCCGGGUUAAAGCAUGACCGGGAAUUCAUGAUUAUCGAUGCAAAGACCCACAAGGCUAUUACUGCCCGAGAUGUUGCCAAGAUGGUGCUCAUACACCCCUCAAUCCAUUAUGAUCCCAAGUCAUACUCUGGAGGGGUACUGCGGGUCUCCUUUCCUGAAGAAUCCAAUUUGGAAGAAUUCGAAGUUCCCUUACAGCCUUCUGCUGAUGAAGUGAAGGAUUGGGUGCUAAUCGACGAUGUAAAACUGUGGAGUUUCACGAUUGAUGCCUACGUAUGCGAGGCUUUACGACCAACAGAAUCAGGGCUAUCGCCUUCCGAGAUCAUUUCAACAUACAUUGGGCGUCCAGCAUUGCUGAUAGUUAAAGGCCCUUCUCCGCGAAACGCCUUACCCACAGUCUCGGCGCCAGACUUAGACGCCACAUUUAUGUUCCAAGACGGCUAUCCUCUGAUGGUACUGUCGACGGAGAGUAUUCAGGAUGUGUCAGAACGAAUUUCGCAAGCCGCAAGAAGUGAGGAUGGCUGGGCGGUAGCGGGUAUCAACCUGGACAAAUGGGGAUGCAAUGGCUUGAGCCAGGGAGAGUGGAAACUGGUAGAGCGAUUCCGGCCAAAUAUCGUUUUCAGCGGUGCAAAGAAAGCCUUUGAUGAGGACGUCUGGGAGGAAAUUGCCAUCCACGAUUCCGAAAGCGAUGCACUCAAGGGACGAAUCCUUUUGGUGUGUCGUUGUACACGAUGCUUGUUGCCGAACGUUGACCCUUCUUCGGGUAUUGCUGAUAAGGCCGUUCCUUUCAAGGUGAUCGCUAAAUAUCGGCGGAUAGAUGCCCGCGACAAGUAUGCGCCAUGUGUUGGAGUAAAUGCUGUUCCCCUGCUGGAUAGUUUUGUCAUCAGCGUUGGGGACAAAGUGACGAUUACCAGAAGGAUAAGCAGGGAAAACGAAACGCUCGUUCCGAAGUAGCAAUGUAGUCAAUGAGACCCACUUGCACCUGG